AUGUGCUGCAAUAAGAAAUGCUGGCUAAUAGUGGGAUCAGUGGUUGGAGGACUGUUGGCUAUCCUUGGAGGAGUCCUGUUUCCUGCGGGAGAUUUAAUAAUUGAGGGUAAAAUAAACACGGAAGCGGUCAUUGAGGAUGGAACUAUUGCUUAUGAAAACUGGAUCAAGCCUGGAAGUCCAGUCUAUAGAUAUUUUUGGAUUUUCCAUGUAACAAAUCCAGAUGACGUUUUAGUAGGAGGGAAACCAAAUUUAGAACAAAAAGGACCUUACGCAUAUUUGGUCAGGCAUGUACCAAAGAGCAAUGUGACACAGAACAACAAUAAUAAUACAGUGUCUUUUUACCAGCCAAAUGAGGCCAUCUUUCAACGGCAUUUAUCUGUUGGGCCGGAAGAGGAUAUAUAUACAGUUCUUAACCUGGCUGUGGCUGCUGCCCCGAGCAUGUUUACAGGAUUAGAAGGAUUAAUAAAUGGUUUCAUAAAGGCUUCCAACUCAUCAUUGUUUCAAGUCAGAAGUGUGAAAGAAUUACUGUGGGGCUACAGAGAUCCAUUCUUGGAAAGAAUACCAAAUUUCAUCCUCCAAGAUAAAAACACUGGAGUGUUUUAUCCGUACAAUGGAACAAGUGAUGGGCCUUACACUGUCUUUAAUGGCAAGAAGGAUAUCAAGGAAGUAGCCUUAAUUACCAAUUAUAAGGGACACAGUUCUCUCUCAUACUGGAAUGAUGCCUACUGUGACAUGAUAAAUGGUACAGAUGCAGCUUCAUUUCCUCCCUUUAUUAAUAAGAAGAAACUUUUAUAUUUCUUUUCUUCAGAAAUCUGCAGAUCCAUAUAUGGAGUAUUUGAAAAGGAAUAUAUACUAAAAGGAAUUAAACUGUAUCGAUUUAUAGUACCAAAAAGUGCUUUUGACUCACCCACCAUCAAUCCAGACAAUCACUGCUAUUGCACAGAAAUAGUGCUGUCUAGGAACUGUACAGCUGCUGGUGUGUUGGACCUUCGAGCUUGCCAGGGUGGUAAACCCAUAUUUCUUUCUCUGCCCCACUUCUUGCAUGGAAGCGACUUCCUGGUGGAACAAGUGACUGGUCUAAGUCCUAGUAAAGAAGAACAUGAAACUUAUGUGGAUGUUGAGCCUAUAACUGGCUUUACAAUGCAUUUUGCUAAAAGAUUACAGGUCAAUGUAAUGUUUCAGCCAACAGACAAAAUAGAAAUUUUGGCUAAACUAAAGUCAGAAUUUGUGUUCCCUGUGCUGUGGCUGAAUGAAACUGCUCUUAUUGGUGAUGACUCAGUAAACCAAUUCAAAUCAAGUGUGACUGUGCCUUUGAAGGUGCUAGAAGUUUUGCGGAUAGUACUAAUAUGUCUUGGUGUUGUUGUAUUCUUGGCCUGCUCCAUAACACUUUGUGUUAAAAAGAAGACAAUAAACAUGACUGGAAUGCAGAACUCGAAGAAAAAGAUGAAAGACGGCAGUGUUGCCGGAACCUAUUUUGCUGUGACUGUUAUGUUUGGAUGUCUGUCUCGUCUCCGGUUUCUUGUUUCCUUCAGAGCACAGUUGUAUUCCACAUCUAAAAAUCCUGGUAAAAGGCCAAGUUUUGAAAUCAAAUUAAUUGUAGAUGUAGCAGUUGCAAAGGUUUUGAGGUUGAUUAAGUAA